AUGUCCAGCCCAGGGGACCCGAAACAGCCCAAUGAGGGGAAGCCAGAGGGCUUCGCGAAGUACCUCCAACGAAUGAGAACGGUGCUGAGGAAAAGCUCGUCUUCGAAGUCCGAAUCAGCAUCCAACUCGCAGGAAACCAGUGGACAAGCUUCGCCGACCAAGUCCGCAUCUCCGAAAACUACUGCUCCCGCUAAGGCUACGGCUGCCCCAAAAACAACGGCUGCUCCCACAAAGCAUACUGCCGCCAAAUCCGGCCCCGAACCGACCGUAUUCAAGCAUUGGGGCGCUAUUCAGGAGGAGAAGGCUCGUUCGCUGUUCGCCAAGUAUGGGUUGACCCUGGAACCCGGGGAAUGGAGGUCGCCGACCGACACUGAGGUUCAACGUGUGGCCAAGCCGAUUCGCAUGAGAGUUCGCCGCACCUGUCACCGCUGCCAGACCACCUUCGGAAUCGACAAGCUCUGCUCCAACUGCCAGCAUAUCCGCUGCAAGAAGUGUCCCCGCUACCCGCCGCAUAAGUCGCACGACCAUCAGACCGAGUCCGCCCUCCAGACUAUCCUCUCGCAGAAGGGCAAGGAGCCGACCGGUGUGCCGCGCAAGGCGAAGGAACCGCCGCUUACACUCCCAUCUCGCACCGGCGGCCAGGACCUCGUCCGCAAAGAAGUCAAGCAGAGAGUGCGUCGCACUUGCCACCGUUGCUGUACGACCUUCGCGCCGGACGCCACAGAGUGCGAGAAUUGCAAACAUACCCGGUGCAAGAAGUGUCCCCGAGAACCGGCUAAAUUGGACAAGUAUCCCGAUGGUUAUCCUGGAGAUGUGGAUCCUCCUGCAGAACCGCCAGCACGCACGUGGAAGAAACCGCGUCUGCGCGUGCGAUACACCUGUCAUCUGUGUUCAACCAUGUACCGGUCGGGGGAAAGGACAUGCUCGAAUUGUGGGCAGGAGAAAGGCCCGGAAACCAUACGAGACCCACCCAAGAAACAAAAACCAGAGCCAGACCCGGAGGUGGUGAGACGGGUGGAAGAGCGAUUGAAGCUUACGAUCAGCGCUGGUUAG